AUGCAUACAAAAGUUGAUAAUUGGAAUUGUGCUGGAAGGCCUCCUGCAGGUGCUCAAAAGAAGAAGUAUACAAAAUUGAUAAUUGGAAUUGUAAUAGGGACAAUGGUUGGAUUUAUACUUGCAUGUUUCAUCUCAAGCUACCUUCUAUGUUUUAGACAGCCAAACGAGAAAAAAGACCAAGUUAUUCAAGACUUCAUACUUCAAUACGAGUCCACAACUCCGAAGAGAUACACUUGCACUGAAAUCAAAAGAAUGACAAAGUCUUUCAGCGAUAAGCUUGGGAAUGGUGGUUAUGGUUCUGUAUUCAAGGGUUCACUCCAAGAUGGCCGCUUGGUCGCUAUUAAAAUCCUAAGUGAAACUAAUGGCAAUGGAGAAGAUUUCAUCAAUGAGGUAGGAAGCAUCAGUAGAACUUCUCAUGUCAACAUUGUUACUCUUCUUGGAUUUUGCUUGGAGAGAUCAAAGAGGGCUCUGGUUUACGAGUUCAUGUCGAAUGGAUCACUUGAUAAGAAUGACAUUUGUCUUGCACUUGCUAACUGA